AAAUCAGCUGGUGAUGAAUGCAAAAUUCCAAAACAAAGCAAUCAGUCGCCCUAUAUGCGCAACCGCCCCACAGUUGACAUACGAUAGACUUUUUAAUUACGUAAAAGUCACUAAAUGCCCGGCACCUCUCGGAUCUGAUGAAGAGGUUUGUAAGUGGUAGUGUACUUUCCUACUAUAAAUAACGACGCGAUCAAUAGCAAUAGCCUGCGAAUUUAAAUGCAAAAGAGAAAGAGACUGCCCGGAAUUUAACAAGCGAUGAAUUCGUCCAUUCCCUUGUUGGCUCUUCUCCUAUGUCUCCUGGUGCUAAUAAUCCAUGGUGACGGUAUCAACGGGCUUCAAAAGCCAGAGUUUGUAGGCUGUUACAAAGCUUAUGGCGACCGUCCAAUGCCGCAAUUUCUCGCAAGCUACCGCACAAAAGAGUACCUUAAAGAGUGGAACCAAGAUGAGUUUGACGCCGUCGUGCGGAACUGCGCCGCGGAGACAGAGAAACAUGGAUUCCUUUACUUUGGAGUUCAGUUUUGGGGAGAAUGCUGGAGCGGACCGCGGGCGCAUCUCACCUACGCAGAUUACGGCAAAACUGAGAAAGACUCCGAGUGUAAAAAGUAUCACGUGGGUGGGGACCUCGAGAUCGCCGUCUACAGAAUGCCUGACGCAGGUAUAACCUUUGCUGCAAGACUAUUUUAGUUGAGGGGCUUAAGAGGGAUGGUGGCGUGCCGAUGGUACGCUAAAAGGGAAUGACAAAGCAGAUAAAAUGCAUUUGUUGAAACCUUUUGUAAGGAUUCGAUGAAGCGAUUAAAAAAGUCAUGUCGUGCAAAACGUUAUACAGGGUAAGUAAGAGUAGUAUAGAGGACAAUAGAGGGAUUAUGAAUAAGUAAUCAUACGUAAUCAUGAGUGAUAAUCGU